UUGACACACACACUCCAAUUUCAAACUCAAGUCAAGUUCAGUCUGUUUGUUGUUUUGUCUUUUUGGAGUACAAGUCGUGAUGAUGAUGAUGAUCGGCAGACGAGGAGCGAACGGACGCUCUGUGCUGCUGCUCGCUGUGAUGCUCGCAGUGCUGCUUGGAUUUGUCGCCAUCGCCGCCGACGCCCAGGAGGCCGAACAAGCAGUGAACGAGCUCGCCAACGCACCGAACGAUCAGGUUGAUGCCAAUAAUGCCAAUGCGUACGAUCCGAAUGCGUACGAUCCCAACGCACCCUCGGGCUGGUUUACCGGUACCAAGAAGAAGGGCUUUGCGAGUGCCUUUGUUGCGUCGCUCUCGGUCAUUAUCGUGUCGGAGAUUGGCGACAAGACAUUCUUCAUUGCCGCCAUCAUGGCCAUGACCCAUCCACGCAAGGUCAUCUUCAUCGGUGCAAUCGCUGCGUUGGCGCUCAUGACAGUGUUGAGUGUCGCCAUGGGCUUUGCGACAACCAUCAUCCCCCGCUACAUUACCUACUAUGCAUCCACCAUGCUGUUUGUCUUCUUUGGACUCAAGAUGCUCCGCGAUGGCUGGAAAAUGUCGCCCGACGAAGGCCAGGAAGAGCUUGAGGAAGUCACGCUCGAGCUCAAGCAGAAAGAGCAGGAACUCGAAUCGCGCCAACACGCCAACGCCGACGUCGAGUCGGGUGGCCUUGCCAGCUCGCUUCGACGCCUCCCAGGGCUCAUUCCGCCAGUCAUGAUGCAAGCCUUUGUGCUCACCUUCCUCGCCGAGUGGGGCGACCGCUCGCAGAUCACGACUAUCAUUCUUGGUGCCACCGAGGACCCGAUCGGCGUCUCAGUGGGUGGUACUCUGGGUCACGCUCUGUGCACUGGUCUCGCCGUGCUUGGCGGACAGCUUCUUGCAAAACGUAUUUCCGUGCGCACAGUCACGCUGAUUGGCGCCGUUUUGUUCUUGCUCUUCGCUCUGAUCAACCUUGUCCAAAGUCCCGACGAGUGAAUGGCGUGAAACAUGCGUGAUCCUUAAUUUCAUUGAUUGUUACAAAACCAAGUCGUGCUUCAAUUUUUGUUUGCAGGAAAGUUGAAUACAGUACAGUACAAAAAAAU